AUGUUUUGUAGUAAAAUCAAAACUUUCACACAUCAGAGAUCUCACACGGGGGAGAAGCCAUAUUCCUGUCCUGAGUGCAGGAAAUGUUUUUCAGAUCAAUCCAAUCUUUACAGACAUCAGAGAUCUCACACAGGUGAAAAGCUGUAUUCCUGUUCUGAGUGCGGGAAAUGUUUUUCAGUGAAGUCCAAUCUUUCCAGACAUCAGAGAUCUCACACAGGGGGGAAGAGCUUCUCUUGUACUGAGUGUGGGAAGUGCUUCAGUUUUAAAUGCCGUCUUAAUGCGCACAAAAAAUGUCACACAGGAGAGAAGCCGUAUUCCUGUCCUGAGUGCGGGAAAUGUUUUUUGCGGAAGUCACAUUUUUCUAGACAUCAGAAAUUGCAUACGGGAGGGAAGAGGUUCUCCUGUACUGAGUGCGGGAAAGGUUUCCGUUCUAAAGCCAAACUUAAUGUGCAUAAAAGAUCUCACACGGGGGAGAAGCCGUAUUCUUGUCCUGAGUGCGGGAAAUGUUUUUCACAGAAGUCCCAUCUUGACACACAUCAGAGAUCUCACACAGGGGAGAAGCCGUAUUCCUGUCCUGAGUGUGGAAAAUGUUUUUCAGAUAGGUCUAACCUUUACAGACAUCAGAAUGCAUCACACACGGGUGUGAAGCCACUUUCCUGUCCUGAGUGCGGACAAUAUUUUUCACAGAAGUCCAGUCUUUAUAGACAUCAGAGAUCUCACACAGGUGAGAAGCCACAUUCCUGUCCUGAGUGCGGAAAGUGUUUUUCAAGGAAGUCCGGUCUUCGUAUGCAUCAGACAUCUCAUGCAGGAGAGAAGCCGUAUUCCUGUCCUGAGUGCGGGAAAUGUUUUUCACAGAAGUCCAAUCUUGACACACAUCAGAGAUCUCACACAGGGGAGAAGCCGUAUUCCUGUCCUGAGUGUGGAAAAUGUUUUUCAGAUAGGUCUAAUCUUUACAGACAUCAGAGAUUGCACACAGGAGAAAAACUGUAUUCCUGUCCUGAGUGUGGGAAAUGCUUUUCAGAGAAAUCCAAACUUAAUGAGCAUAAAAGAUCUCACACAGGGGAGAAGCCAUAUGUCUGUCCGGAGUGCGGGAAAUGUUUUUCACAAACGUCCAAUUUUUACAGACAUCAGAGAUCUCACAUGGGGGAGAAGAAACAUUCCUGUCCUGAGUGUGGGAAAUGCUUUUCACAUAAGUCCGAUCUUUCUAUUCAUCAGCAGAGAUUACACACAGGGAGAAAGCCGUAUUCUUGUCCUGAGUGCGGGAAAUGUUUUUCAAGGAAGUCCAAUCUUAACACACAUCAGAGAUUACACACAGGGGAGAAGCCGUAUUCCUGUCCUGAGUGUGGGAAAUGUUUUUCCCAGAAGUCUGACCUUUCCAUACAUCAGAGAUCUCACACAGGAGAGAAGCCGUAUUCCUGUCCUGAGUGCGGGAAAUGUUUUUCACAGAAGUCACAUUUUUCUAGACAUCAGAAAUUCAUACGGGAGAAAAAGCCAUAUUCCUGUUCUGAGUGUGGGAAAUGUUUUUCAUUGAAUUCCAAUCUUUACAGACAUCAAAGAUCGCACACGGGGAGAAGCCACUAUUCCUGUUCUGAGUGUGGAAAAUGUUUUUCAGAUAAGUCCAAUCUUUAUAAUCAUCAGAGAUUUCACACGGGAGAGAAGCCUUAUUUGUGUUCUGAGUGCGGGAAAUGUUUUGUCAAAAAAGUCAGAUCUUGUCAAACAUCAGAGAUCUCACACAGGGAAAAGCCAUAUUCCUGUCCUGAGUGCGGGAAAUGUUUUUCAGAUAAGUCCAAUCUUUAUUAUUCAUCAGAGACUCACACGGGAGAAAAGCCCCAUUCCUGUUCCGAGUGUGGGAAAUGUUUUGUAAAAAAAUCAGAUCUCAUCAAGCAUCAAAGGAUCUCACACGGGGGAAAAGCCAUAUUCCUGUUCUGA